AUGUUGCCCUCAGGUCACGAUGAGCCUCUGAUCGUCUUCAGUGACAAAAAUCCCAGAAUUGAGCUGUUCAGCUGCAGUAUGUCUCAGCAGCGAGGAAAGAUCUCUCUGUCUGAAAUGAGUCUCUCACAGAAACAGAGUGCAAGAUCAAGCUCACAUGUGUCCAGCUCUGUGUCUGUGAAGAGUGACUGUUCAAAAGGAGGCAGCGUAUCGAACUUCAGUGAGAAAAAAACAUCAUCUACCAAAAGGGUUCAUCAUGAGAAAUCACCCACAAAUAUUCAGCAGUGCCACUUCCACAAGAAGUUCAGAGUAAAUAUCCACAAGAUAUUCCAGGAUCUUUUGUACAAAAUAAUAACAUUUUUGAAGAACGAGCUGGAAAAGUUUACGAAAAUAUUACACAAGGAAAACACACAAUACUUUGUGAGAGAUAAAGAUGACAUGUGCAGGAUCAAAGAAGCAGCUCUUGAUCUCACACUCCACUUCCUGAGAGAGAUGAAGGAAGAUGAAGCUGCUGAUACUCUGGAAGACAAGUUGGUCUUCAUUCAUCUUAAAUCAAACCUGAGGAAAAAGUAUAAAUGUGUGUUUGAAGGAAUUGCAAAACAAGGUGAAGGUACACUUCUGAAUAACAUCUACACAGAUCUCUAUAUCACUCAGGGUUGUAGUGAACAGGUCAAUACUGAACAUGAGGUAAGACAGAUUGAAGUUACUUCCAGACGUUCUGAAUCACAGGAAAUACAGGUUGAAUGCACAAAUUUAUUUCAACCCGGAAAAGACAAGAAGAUCAAAACUGUACUGACAAAAGGAGUUGCUGGCAUCGGAAAAUCAGUCUCUGUGCAAAAGUUUGUUCUGGAUUGGGCUGAAGGAAAAGAAAAUCAGGAUAUCAGCUUCAUAUUUCCUCUUCCAUUCAGAGAGAUUAACUUAAAGGAGAAAGAAAAACAAAGUUUGAUGGACCUUAUUGCUCAGUUUUUCCCAGAGACAAAAGGACUGAACCUUGCAAAGAGGAAUAUGUACAAAGUCCUUUUCAUACUUGAUGGAUUGGAUGAGUUUCGUCUUCCUCUGAACUUUGAGGGUAAUGAGACUUGGUCUGAUGUAUCAUCACCAGCCUCUCUGGAUGUUCUCCUGACGAACCUCAUCAAGGGAAAUUUACUUCCUUCUGCUCUCAUCUGGAUCACCACCAGACCAGCAGCUGCCAGUAAGAUUCCUCCUGACUGUAUCGACCGGGUAACAGAGAUACGAGGAUUCAAUGAUGCACAAAAGGAGGAGUACUUCAGAAAAAGAUUCAAAGAAGAGAAUCUGGCCAAUGAAAUCAUUGAUCAUGUUAAAAAAUCAAAGAGUCUUUUUAUCAUGUGCCACAUCCCAGUCUUCUGCUGGAUUUCAGCCACUGUUCUCAAGAAUAUCUUGAAGGACAAGAAUAUGAAAAAUGAUCAGGUUGAUGAUGCAUCCAAAACACUGCAGGAAUCAAAUACAGAAGACAUUCCCAAGACUCUGACACAAAUGUACACACACUUUCUCCGCUUUCAAAUCCAGCAGAGCAGACGAAAGUAUGAUGGAAAAUACACACCAGAUGUCUCCUGGGAUAAAGAUGCCAUCCUUUCACUGGGAAAGCUGGCAUUUCAUCAGCUGCAAAACAACAACCUGAUUUUCUAUGAAUCAGACCUGGAAGCCUGUGGUAUUGACGUCUAUAAAGCAUCAGUGUAUUCAGGCAUGUGUACCCAGAUCUUUAAAGAGGAAACAGGGAUCAUUCUUGGUACCAUGUACUGUUUUGUUCACUUGAGCAUUCAAGAGUUCAUUGCAGCCCUUUAUGCACAUCUGUUUCUAGACAUCAACAAGAAAAGUGUGUUUGUUCAGGACUGUCCUGAACAGGAAAACAAAAAUGAAGCCAUGAUUGAUUUGCUCAAGACUUCAGUGGACAAGGCACUCGAAAGUGACAAUGGACAUCUGGACCUUUUCCUUCGUUUUCUUCUUGGAUUGUCAAUCCAGUCCAAUCGGCUACUCUUACGAGGACUGUUGACACAGCAAGACGACAAAGACCAAAGCAAAAAGGAAAUAGUUGAGUACAUCAAGAAGAAAUUUGAAGCUAAUCUGUCACCAGAGAGAUCUAUCAAUCUGUUCAACUGUCUGAAUGAACUGAACGACCAAACUCUGGUGAAAGAAAUUCAGACCCACCUUAACAAAGGAAGUCUCUCAUCUUCUGACCUCUCACCUGCCCAGUGGUCCGCUGUGGCCUUUGUGCUGUUGACAUCAAAGGAGGAACUGGAGGAGUUUGAGCUUCAGAAAUUUAAGAAAUCUGAUGAGUGUCUCAUUAGAUUAUUGGCAGUCAUCAAAACCUCCAAAAGAGCACUCCUGAAUGAUUGUGACUUAACAGACAGAAGUUGUUCAGCUCUGGCUACUGUUCUUGGAUCAGACUCCAAUCUGAAAGAGCUCAACAUGAACAAUAACAAUCUGCAGGAUUCAGGAGUGAAGCUGCUCUGCACUGGACUGGAGAAUGUAAAGUGUGAACUGAAGAUACUGAGACUUUCUAACUGCAGUAUCACUGAAGAAGGAUAUAAAGCUCUAGCUUCAGCUCUGAGAUCAAACCCUUCACAUCUGAUAGAGCUGGAUCUAACAGGAAAUGAUCCUGGACAAUCAGGAGUGCAGGAGCUCAGUGAUUUACUACAAGAUCCAAACUGUCAACUGAAGAUACUGAAGUUUUUGAGUCCUGAUGCAGAAAAAGCCUGUCAGUAUGUGACUGGAACUGUGGGUGAAAACCUGUUACUCCUGAGAGAACUGAAUUUGAGUGAACAGAAGCUUGGAGAGACACGAGUGAAUCAGAUCACUGCUCUACUGCAAGAUAAACACUGUAAAUUCAACAAAUUACAGCUUUGUGAUUGUGGUCUAACAGAGGAAAGCUGUACAUCUUUCGCUACCGUUCUGAUAUCAAACCCCAGUCUGAAAGAACUUGACAUGAGCAACAAUAAUCUGCAAGAUUCAGGAGUGAAGAAACUCCAGAAUGGAUUAAAAAAUACAAAAUGCAAACUGGAGAAACUCAGAGUCCUGGACUCCACCAAGGUCCUUCGACCCAUCGGUUCCGCCAUGGCUCCUAGCUCCCUCAUCUCCACCAUGGCCCAUCAUCCCACCAGCUCGACCAAGCUUCCUCAUCAAUCCAGCUCCGCCUUGGCUCUGGCUUCAGCUCUGAGAUCAAACCCUUCACACCUGAUAGAGCUGGAUCUCACAGGAAAUGAUCCUGGUGAAUCAGGAGUGAAGGAGAUUGAUGAUUUACUACAGGAUCCAAACUAUUCACUGAAGACAUUGAGUCUGAAUAACAUCAAUUUUACAGAAGAAGGUUGUCAUAUUCUGGCUGCAGCUCUAAAUUCAAAUCCAUCAAAUCUGAAAGAGCUGGAUCUGAGUAUGAAUAAACUAGGAAACUCAGGAAUUAAGAUUAUUUUGACUCUGUUUGAAAAUGUACAGUGUAGACUGGAAAAGCUGAAGUUUAAAUGCAUCAGUAUUACAGGUGAAGGUUGUGCCACUCUGGCAUCAGCAAUUAAUUCAAACCUAAGAGAGCUGGAUCUGAGCGAGAAUCAACUAGGAAACUCUGGAGUAACAGAAAUCUCAAGUGUGCUGAGAAAUUCACAAUGCACACUACAGAUACUCAGGUAUGAAUUAAGUUAA